AUGUCUGACAAGCUUCUACAACAGCAAGGAUUGGGUCAAGAUGAUCGGGAAAACUCUCAGUUUUCAGAAAAGGGAAGGAGGAUCAAUGAUACCGAUUAUUCCGAAGAGGACACUCUAGCAGUCUUGUCUUUGCGAAACCUCCUCUUCGACAUGUGUAAUCAAAAUGGCGGAGGCCAUGGCGGCUCCGCUAUUGGAAUGGCUGCAAUUGGUGUUGCCUUGUGGAAGUACAUUAUGAGACAUAAUCCAUCCAAUCCUGAAUGGUUUGACCGGGAUCGAUUCGUUCUCUCCAAUGGCCAUGCAGUUAUGCUUCUGUAUGCCCUCAACUAUUUGGUCGGAUAUGAUGCGUGGACAAUGGAGCAACUCAAGGGUUACGGCAGCCCAAAGCCCAAGGGCUAUAAAACUAUGGCAUACGGACACCCUGAGAGGGAAUCUCCGGGUAUUGAGGUUACAACUGGUCCUUUGGGUCAGGGUAUCGCCAAUGCUGUUGGUCUUGCAAUGGCUUCAAAGCAGCUUGCUGCUCGAUACAAUCGUCCAGGCUAUGACAUUGUCAAAGCUCGAAUUUAUUGUAUGACAGGUGAUGGAUGUUUGAUGGAGGGGGUGGCAUUGGAGGCAAUUACUCUUGCAGGCUCCCUCAAAUUGGACAAUCUAGUACUUAUAUACGACAACAACCAUAUUACGUGCGAUGGUCCCCUGGAAUGGACUAAUACUGAGGAUAUCAAUGCAAAGAUGAGGGCUAGCGGCUGGGAUGUGAUUGAUGUACAAGACGGCAACUAUGACGUCCAGGCCAUCGUUGCAGCUUUAAACCAUGCGUCCAGUCUACGGGGAAAACCAGUAAUGAUCAACAUUCGCACUGUUAUUGGCGUCGACACCGAGUCAGCCGGUACAGCGAAGGCACAUCAUAGCUUGAUCGAUGUUGAAAGCAUAAGGUUAUCCAAGAUUCGAGCUGGUCAGGAUCCUUCGUCGACUCAUUCCGUUCCAGAGCAAGCACUUGUGUUCUUCCGUGAGCGGAAGACUUUCGGGGAGAGACUUGAGGCAAAUUGGAACAUUCUUAUUCAGAAGUAUGAGACAGCACAUCCUGAUACUGGUACCAAAUUUCGCAACCAACGAGCUGGUAUAGAUCCAACUCCCUGUCUUAAAGCACUGAGCGAUAUGAGUUCCUUGGGAUUUGACGGCAAGGCUACAAGGGAAUCUAACGGCGCUGUCAUGUCAAAAAUAUGGGAGCUGCACCCCGGUGUCUUUGCUGGAGGAGCUGAUUUGGUCAACUCUAAUAAAAUCCCUUACACGGAAUCCGAUAUUUUCCAUCCUUCAGUUAGUUAUUCUGGGCGUUUCGUUCGAUACGGAAUCCGCGAGCAUGCGAUGGCUGGUAUCGCGAACGGCUUGGCCGCUUAUAACGAGGGGACUUUCCUUCCUAUAACUGCAACGUUCUUCAUGUUCUAUCUAUAUGCGGCGCCAAGUGUUCGCAUGGGUGCAUUGAGUAGGCUUCCAGUGAUUCAUAUAGCCACUCACGACUCGUUCGCUGAAGGGCAGAAUGGGCCGACCCAUCAGCCAGUGGAGUUGGACUCCUUAUAUCGUGCAAUGCCAAGCUUCACAUACAUUAGGCCUUGUGAUGGAGAGGAAGUAAUUGGUGCUUGGAAGGUUGCGUUGGCUAAUCGCGACGGUCCUACUAUGCUCUCUCUUGGCCGUGAUCCUGUAGGCCCUGUUCCUGCUACUGACCGGUACAAAGUUGCCUUGGGUGCGUACAUUAUACAGGACCUUCCAAAUCCCAAGCUGGUUCUGGUUAGCAGUGGUACAAAUCUCCACUACACAGUAUCAGCUGCCAAACAUAUGUCAGCAGCCGGUACUCCCACUCGCGUUGUUAGUGCGCCGUGUCUACGGCUCUUCGAUGCUCAGUCUCAGGAAUAUAGAGACAAAAUCUUACCCCGAGAUGGCACUCCGGUGGUAAGCAUCGAGGAAUACGUUGCUACAACUUGGGCUCGAUAUACCACUGCAAGCAUUGGAAUGACUGGUUUCGGAUGCUCGGCUGCAAAAGAGUGCAACUAUGAGAGAUUCGGCCUUGAUACUGAUGGUAUCAUUAAGAGAUUAACUUUGUAUCUGGCUGAUUUGAAAGGUGCAAAUGCACGGGGCGUCGGAUGGCGACAACUCUAGACUAAUACGCAUAGAUUGAUUAUUUUGAAAUCGAAAGCCAUCCCUAAUAUUCG